GAAGAAAUCAGUGACUCCGUUAACAAUGUUAACAAUCGGAAUGCCAUAGCAGAAAGAAAGUAUUGUCCCUUGACACCACACCAUCCCGAUCACGCCCCUUCAGAAAAGAACCAUAUGACGCAACCAAACCCAAGACCAGCAACUGAGCACCCUAGCAGUAGAGGCAUUCAACAGGGCAAGAAGCGUAUCGCGUCCCUUCAGAAAAAACCGCAUAGCAAGAACAACUUCUAUCGCCAAAUCAUACCCCUAAGCACUAAAUAA